GGUGCUGUAGUAGUUUGGUGGUGGGAGCUCAAACUUUAUUUUCGUCUUGAAUCUUAACUUUUGUACAUCGUGGUAGCUUUCAGAGUCAUCGCACUCAUUGUCUGCGGUGUUUUUCAGUUCUAAAAGUAUAUUAAACUUAUCAUUAAUAACAUGGAAGAUAGUUAUACAGUGCAUCGUAGACGAAAAGCAGCUGCUAGAAGACGUGACAAGACACCAGAAGCAUCAAGAGCUGUUGGAGGAACUAAAGAUGUCAAUAAUGCUGGUGAUGAUGAUGAUGAUGACAGAAAAAAAUUGGAGGCACGAGCACGUAUGGAGCAAAUGGUGGAAGAUACUGAAAAAAUGGAAGAAUUAGCUACUGAUGGAAGAAAAAAAUCAUCUCCAAUCGUUGAGAAACCAGAUACUAAAGUCGAAACUAAUGAUGAUAAAAAAAAAGAUAAUCAAGUUGUAAGUAGUAACAAUGAUAAGAGUGAAUUGAAAUCUCAGCAAAAAGCAGAAUCUACUGAUGAAAAUUUUACCGUGAAAGAUACGAUGAACGAAAAUAGAUUAGAGGCAAGUAAACGAGUUAAAUCGACUGUAUUUAAAGAAGAGGCACCUCGACGACGACCUAAACGGUCAAAGGAGCGAAAACAUUCGAGUGAUUCAAGUCUAGCUGAAGAUGACAGAUCGAGUAAAAGUGAUAAAGAUGAAAGAAAGCGAAAGCCAAGAAGAUUACGUAGAGAGAUUCGUAAUGAAGAGCCACAGGUUAUCUCCGCUAAUUUGACUCUUCCUAUCAAACAAAUUAUACCUUUGAGUAGCGAAAGUCUUAUUGAAGAUUUCAAGAAAGCUCAAAUUGAGUAUGAAAGGAGAGAACUAGGUAUUCUUGAAGUGGAAAUUGAUGACUAUGUUCAUCCAAAAAUGGAGGCUGCUUUGAGAAGACGGAGUAAUAAGACAAUAGAAAAAGACGAAAGUGAAGUAGUAGAAGACAAAAAAACGGAUCAAACUACUAAUGAACAUCCUUCUUGGUUAUGGUCAUGGUUAUCAAGUUUCAAAUCGAAAGUAAAAGAUGAAAAAUUAGAGGAUGAAGAAAAAAAAAAGAAAGAGGAAGCGGUUAAGCAGGAGGAAAUAAGAAAGGAGCAAGAAAAAAAAGAAAAGGAGUCCGAAGAAACUAAAAAGGUUGUAAAGAAAUCUAAAUUAUUGGAAUUCAUUCGAUUAUUGUCAGAUUUAAAAGAAGAGUUCAAAGCAUUUGUUGCUCAAAAUCCACAUGAAAUAGAAAUAAUAUGUAAAAUACGUAAUAAAUGUAUAAUUCAAUUAAUCUUGAUCAUCAUUUAUUGUGGUCUUGGAGCUUUUGUUUUUCGGUUUAUUGAAGGUGCUUUUGAAACAUUCUAUAAAUGUGGAGUCAAACGAGUAAAGCGAGACUUUUUAGACAGUCUUUGGAAUUAUAGUCAUAACUUACGCGAAGAUGAUUGGAAAAGUAUGGCUAGGAGAAAACUAAUGGAGUUUGAAGAACAACUUCAUGCUGCUCACGAAGCUGGUGUCCAUUCAUACAGUGGACAAAAAAGCUGGACUUUUUUGAAUGCCGUUGUUUAUUGUUUGACUGUUAUCACGACUAUUGGUUACGGUCAUAUAUCUCCAAGCACAACAACAGGACGAGCUGUCACAAUAGUCUACGCGAUAUUCGGCAUCCCAAUGUUUCUAAUAAUCCUCGCGGAUUUCGGAAAACUAUUCACUAGAGGGAUCAAAUUUCUUUGGGCAUUCGUAAGAAGAGUUUAUUACACUGGUAGUUGCAAAAGAGUGCGAAGAACUGCACCUGUUCAGGAAGUUAUGAAGGGAGUUCAACUGGUCUAUGACUUUGCAACCUUUCGGCGUCCUUCGCAAAUGAAUCCCGAAGAAUUGGCUGAAAUGAGAAAACAACAAACGGUCCUUAAUCUUGACGGAAAUGCUCCAGUAACACAACCUGGUACACCAGCAACACCAGAGCUGUCAGCUUUUGCGAUAGAUGACGAAUUCAACCUUCCAAUAUCUGUUGCAAUAACCAUCUUACUGGUUUAUAUAUUUGUUGGAGCAACUGUUUAUAAUAUAUGGGAACGAUGGGGUUUCUUCGAGAGUUUUUAUUUUGUAUUUAUAUCAAUGAGUACAAUUGGCUUUGGUGACUAUGUACCAAAGAUGCAUCCUAUUUAUAUGAUGUGCUCGAUAGUCUACCUCGUGUUCGGUUUAGCAUUAACAUCAAUGUGUAUCAAUGUCGUUCAGGUAAUGCUAUCAGAUUCGUUUAAACAUGCAACUCAAAAGAUAGGAGCAACCAUUGGAUUUGAAGUCACCGAGGACGACGGAUCGAUACAACCAACUGUACCACCACCGGUGGAAGUCGCAGAAGUUCACGCGACAAUUAAAGAAGAAGAUGAGACCAAAGAAGCUCCAAAAGCUAAAGAAGAAGAUGUUGAAUUAUAAUAAUUUAUUUAAAUUAAUCUAAAAAUUAUUUCAUUACUUCUUAUACUACUAAUAUAUAUUUUUUUGUAUUUCAUUUUAAAGCAACAAAUUUCAAUUACCAAAGAAAUUUUAUGCACAUUUUUCGCUAUAAUGCUGUGAAAUGUUAUAUUAUUGCGAAAUGCCUGUGCUAUUUGUCAGGAAAAUAUUGUGCCUUUUCAUAAAG